UUGGCAAAAUAUUUAUGUUAUGAUUUUUAUUAUUGAGGAAAUAGAGGGAUCAGGUGUAUAUGUAUUAUCUAUGGGGAUUACGGAAUAUUGUUGCAAAAUCUUUUAAUUUUAGUGAUCUAUCUAAUUUGUUGCUAUAAUAUUAAAACAAAAUGCACAAUUUAGACUCUGACAGUGAAGAUGAACUAUCUGCGGGCUGGGAAGAAAAAUCAACUGAAGAUGGAAAUGUUUAUUUUGUCAAUACUUGUAAUAAUAAAAUACAAUGGACUCAUCCUCGCACUGGACAAAAAAAAGUUAUUCCUAAAGAUUUACCUUUCGGCUGGACAAAAACUAUGGAUGAAAAUGGUAAGCCGUUAUAUGUUCAACAAGAAACUGGAAACAAAACUUAUGUGGAUCCAAGAUUAGCGUUUGCAAAGGUAGAGAAAAAACAUGUAAAUGAUUUCCGCCAAAGAUUUGAUGGCUCUUCCACAGCUUUUCAGGUUCUUCAUGGUGUGGAUCUAUCUGGCAAAUAUGCACUAAUAACAGGAUGCAAUGCCGGCAUUGGAUUUGAAACUGCAAAAUCUUUAGCAAGGCAUGGCUGUAAUAUAUUAUUAGCUAAUCGCAACAUGGAAGCCACUCAACAAGCAAUUGAACAGAUUGUCAAAGAUACAAAAGUAUCAGAAGAUAACCUUAAAUCAAUAUACCUUGAUUUGAGCUCAUUGAAUAGUGUUAGAAAGUGUGCUUUGGCUGUAAAAACGGUUUUUUCAGAUCAUCUCGAUAUAUUAAUAUUGAAUGCUGGUGUGUUCGGACUUUUAUAUGAAGAGACGGAGGAUAAAUUAGAUAGGACGUUUCAAGUAAAUCAUCUCUCGCAUACAUACUUAGCAUUAUUAUUAGAACCAUUAUUGAAGAAAGGUUCUAGAGUUGUGUUUGUGUCUUCAGAAUCACAUAGAAUGGCGAGCUUAAAAAAUGUUUUUGUGAAACAAAAUCUUGCACAUCCAAAAGAACAAUACAGUACAAUGAUAGCUUAUAAUAAUUCUAAAUUGUACAAUGUUAUUACUGCAAAGAUAUUAAGUGAAGAAUGGAAACACAAAGGUAUUGCUGUAAAUUCCUUACAUCCUGGGAACAUGGUGUAUACAAAUUUGCCUAAAAGUUGGUGGUUUUAUCAGAUGUUUUUCUGGUUGGUGCGACCUUUUACCAAGUCUUUACAACAAGCAGCUGCAACGUCUGUUUAUGUCGCAACGGCAUCUGAACUGGAAGGCGUUACAGGACUUUACUUUAAUAACUGCUUCUAUUGCGAGGAAUCAACUUUAGCUCGGGAUAGAGAUAUAGCCAAUGAGAUUUUUUCUAUAUCGCUUGGCAUGAUAGAAGAGAGAGUAGGUCGAGAGAACAUAGAAAAAUAUGUUGAGAAAUAUUGUAAUCGAAAGGAGAAUGCGACAUAAAUAUCUAAAAAUAUGUACAUGAAAUUAUAUAUAAGAUAAUUAUUUUUAAAAAUAUCAAUGAAAAUCUCAUAUUGAAUCUACAUAUUUAAAUAAGGUCAGAAUUGUAAGUACACUACGUGCGACUUAGUUUGACACCUCAUUGGAAUGCGACCCGCGCCCUGUGCGCUCAGUACCGACAGCAUAUUAGUUACCGAAGCGUCUAUUACGUCUUCGCUCGAGGUGUCAAAGUCGCACCGGUAAUCGAUUUGUUAUUCAUAAGUGAGUUGAUUUUGUUAAUAUUUUAUGUCAUAAUUAUUAUUUUAAUUGUAUUAUCGGGGUUAUCGGGGUAAAAAAUAAGGUGAUAUUGGUUAAGAUAUUGUAAUUAUUGUUUAAGUAUAAAUAAAAUGGCACAAGUUA